AGGAAGAAACGAAAGUUAAUGGAUGAUUCUCAUAUCUUUGACGUGUCGCCAAGUAAUUAGUGAUCAGUGAUGCGUCGAUUGGCAGUUAGUGCGUGACUUCCGUUGGGGCUGAGAGAGAUCCUCGGUGUUGAGUGCCGAAGCAGCGGCUGUAGUAAGGCCAACCCUGCGAAAUAAGCUCGUCACAAUGAUCUACAUAUUUCACGUUGAUCGAGGAGUGAUGUUGAAAUUCGAAGUCAGCAUUGCGCUCGGAUCUGUCGAAAAUUUGAAGAAGGUCAUCAGCAGCACUAUUAGAAUACCGCCAGAGUUUCAGAUUCUGAUGUUGAGCGGAGGAACUGUUUUGAUGGACAGUGACAAGGUCUGUUCUCACAACGGUGGUACCGAUACUUGUCCAUUCUUCUUGUUCAGCAAACCGAAGCGUGAACAGAAUUGUUGGAUUGAUUGGAGAGUUGAUUCGCCGCUCUCUUCGAGCUUGGAAAUUUCUGAAGGUUGGGCUACUGCAGUAGCUAAUCUCGAGGAUGUCGUCUCACGUUUUGAAGUGUCGUGGAAAACUUUGAAAGAACGAUACGACGAAUACUUGAACAAGCGAGAAUUCUACAUCAAAUUGGUCGAGAUGAAUCUUCCCGGCGAUCUUGAGAAUUUGAGCAAGAUUCCAAUUUUGAGCUGUCUUCUGGAGUAUGAUGAGUGUGGCAAUCCGGAUCAGCCGAAAUCUCUUUUUGAAUGGAUUGGAUCGCAGAGAUUAGAAGACUUCGCCACUCAGAUAGUGGCUAGUUUGAAAGCGAUGGAUGAAAACAAACUUUCAGAAAUGGAAAAAGAAGUUGAUACAACUGUGACCCAGGCAAGUCAGAAGAAGUUUUUGGAGAUCCAGGGAUUGAGCAAGCGACUUUCAUCACUGGACAGCAUUCUAGAGGAGGCUAAGCAAUUGGAGCGACUUCAGAAGGACAUUGCUCAGUCUCUGCACCAGAAUCAAACCCGGAUCAAUAUGUUGAAUGACCGGGACGUGUUACCGGACCUUUGUGAGAGCCACAAGAAUCACCUUAAUGACAUGAUACGGUGCAACGAACAGCUGAAAUCUUACUUACAACGCAUCAGUAAAGCGAAGGAUGAACUUUCCGCAUCCAUAUGUGGUCGACUACGCUGGGUUGUUCUUGUCCACCAACGCAUUUUCGACGCCGACAAUCGAGUAAAGAUGUAUAUGGAAAGUCUAAAGCGGUUAUCCACUGGAUUGAGCUUUGCCGAAAUGAUACAUCUCUGUCCAGAGCUGUACCUGAACAGCGUGAUGGAAGUUGCCCGUCGACGUGCAUUUUCAGAUGCGUACGCUGCCUGGAGUUCUGAAGUUGCCACUCGAGCGCAAGAGUUGUAUGAAGAAGAAGUUACUUUUCGUGAAGGUCUCAACAAUCAGUUGCGAUCGCAUUUUCUGCUGCAAUUGUUCCCAGGAAUGAAUGAACUCCCGCCAGAUUUUGCCACCAAAGCACCCGACCUCUUUGAUCAGUCGCUCCCAAACGUCACGUUGGCUGAGCUGGAUUUUCUGAGAGAUGCUUUAGGUUCUGAGAAUGACUGGCGUUUGCCUGAAAACAUCUCCGUUACCUUACCGCGCCUCGAGUUGCAAGUUGUGAAACUCUUCCCACAAGAAGCGCCGAUUGACGCGAAUCUGGAUUCUGGCAAUGUGUUUCAAAACGCAGUAAUGCCGUCGGUUAAUCCGCAGGAGGAUAAAUCUAGUGACUUUUUUGAGAGGAAGCCUUCAGUGGAAAUGUACGCAUCUGCAUUCGAGGGCUCUACUGAUGGUACACGAGAUGACGCAGAAUCCUUGGACUCCAGAACUGUUGGAGGAGAUGUUGAUGACGAAGUUUUCCGAACAGCGAGCGAAGGCGAAGAAACUGGAGAGUCGGCUUUCAGUGAAAGCAUGACAACGUUGAAAGCUAGUGAAUCUGGUUGUUCACCUGCAGCUUGUGCAUCGGAAGCUACCUCUACAGACGCCCCAGAUAUCGCCGAGGGUCGCGUUUCCGAAAGCAAAGAAAUGCUAGGCUUGCGCACAACUCAACUUGCAAACUUGAGAAGUGCUUUGAGAACUGUUUCACAAGAGAUGCAGUUGUUGAAGGAUUGCCGUGACAGCCUUGCGCAGGAGUUUGAAACUUAUUGCAACGACUUGACCGUUUAUUGGGGGGAGCUGAAUCAAAAUCUUGAGAAAGCUCAUUCUGUGAUGAAGACCAAUGAUAAAGAAAGGGAAGCAACGGUUCAGCAGCAUGUUGAAGAAGCAGCGCAAGCGUUGAAUGCAAAACAUGCAUUGGAAUUGUUCAGUCUUCGACAAGAAUUGCGAAUCAUUCAGGAAAGUGCGCAGCAUAACAAUGGAUCAUUACAGAUGCAAUGCAAAGAGUUGAAAAUGCUGCUCGAGCAGCAGCAACAGGACUGGGAUCAAGAAAAACGUCGUCUUGUUGAUGAGAAGGUUACGGAGUUGGAAGCACUGAAACAGACCCUGACCCUGGAGAUGGAAGUUGAGCUUGAAAACGUUAGAGAGUCCAUUGGAAGACGGCAGAACAUUGAAAUUGAAGGCAUGGAACAGGAUUUGCUGAACUCUAGAACAGAGAUAAAUCGGACAGUGGAGGAGAGAAAAGCUUUGGAAGAUCUCGUCGACCGGCUUCGGGACGAGUUGGAGGUCAGAUGCAAGGAAAUCAAUGACCUGCGUUCCAGACUUCAGCACGAGAAGGAAGACCGGCAGCAGGAAACACUGAAGCACAAAAUUGAAAUAGAGGGGUUGAGAUCCCGUUACAAAAUGAUGACUUCAUCAAGCAUAUCACAUUCCCCACCAUCAUCUCUGUACCUGACCGAAUCCGUCGUCUCACAGUCACCGGUUCAUGUCACACGUUCCCGUGUUCUGAAGGAUGUUGAAGUCAUGACAGAUGCAGUUCUUUCUGAAAGCAGUGGGAGGAUGGUUCGUUCUGCUUUUGAAUCCGACGAAUGCGCUCAAGAGCAGAGCAUCGAACGUCAAAAACGCUUUGGCGGACUAUCGCAGGAUUUCACGGGAUUUGACCUUGGUGCAUCGGCUAUGUCUAUUGCGACGUAUAAUCCGAUUGAUGAAGUUCCAGUGAGUGAUGCGGAGCUGGUCAGGUUGAAUUGCGCUCUGAAACGAGAAAACUCCUCUCUGCGGGAGCAACUUUUGUCGAUGCCAAAGAAAUCCUCAUCACUUCAAGGAAAGCUGACAACCAACAGUUGCAAUAUUGGGGAUGUGGUACUCGUACGAUGGGAUCCGUCCAAUCUCAGAUACACGAUUCAUCAGGAUGGACCUUCGAACUAUUUCCUACACCUAGAUUCCGUUCGAGAUCUCGGACUUCCGUGUGGUGAGGAUGAAGCGAACUGCUGUCGUUCUUUGUUUAUGGUGGCUGAAGUGGUCAAUCGUGAGACAUGUUUGGCAAAAAAGGAUUUCAGACCUUAUGGCAGGUAUUAA